UCGAUAGAAGGUGUUUUGAUUUUUUAUUUGCAAAGUUCAGCUACUAAUCCCGUAAAGAAUUCAACCAUGCGGCUGCUUCUAGCCCUGACCUUUGCCACGCUCCUGGCCUGCGUGUACGGGCAGGCGGCGAACAGUGUGAUCGUGGCGCAGGCGCAGGCCAUCGUGGCGUCGGCGACGAAGAUCCAGGGCGAGACGGGCGACAGCAACGCGGUGUUCAAGGACAUGGGCGACAUCAUGACGGCCGUGGCCAACAUCGGCGACGCCCUCGUCCAGUCCAACACCAAGCUCAGCGGCCGCGCCUUCAACGGCCUCUCCCUGGCCGGCGGCAUCCUCAACGGCAUCGGCGGCGCCCUCACCGCGGCUGGCGGCGGCGGUGGCGGCAAAUAAGCCAUGCGACCCAUACGAUUUCCCACAAGAAGCCCACGGAAAACAUUUGGAUUCCCUUGCCUAAAUCAUUAAAGAAUAACUCAGUGAAAUCUAUGCUCAACCAACUGGCAUGUUGUUCGAUUGUGUUUUAUUUGUGACCUUUUGCUUAUUAUU